CAUGAAUCGUGUAAAGCUGUCAUGUUAUUUUUGUUCAGUAUUGUUUGGCAUUUAAUCAUGGCAAGACUUACUCCUAAACAACGUUUACAAAUCGUUCAACUUUAUUACGAAAAUUCACGUGUAAUGAAUAUGUUUCGCGCGCCUCGCUUAUGGUUAAAUUAUGGUCAAAAUAAUCGGCCUAUUGAGCGUACUAUUUGCAACGCCAACACCCGUCUUGAGACCCAGCAUUCAUUAUUGGAUAAUAUUCGACCGAAUAGACCACGUCCAGCACGCAGUAAAGAAAAUAUAGUAGCCGUAGCUGGGAGUGUACACGAAGACCGUGGAGAGUCGAUUCGGCGACGUGCGCAGCAAUUCGGACUGACGCAUGGAACGACUUGGUGUAUUUUACGUCGAUAUCUUAAAUUAAAAGCGUACAAAAAACAGUUUGCUGCUCGACCUUCCCAAGCGACUUCGCUCUAUGGGCUUUGGAAAAGCUCCAAGAAGAUCCGAGGUUUUCGAACCAAAUUUUGUUCAGCAAUGAGGCCCCUUUGUGGCUCAAUGGAUUUCAAGAUCAAAACAAAACGUUUAAGACGUCAGCACAUUAUUUAUAUAAACUUUGAAAAUAGAGAUAACAACAGCACUAAAACCAAAUCAAUUUUGUAUUAUAUAAUGCGAAUAAAGGAUUAAAAAGGAGCUAAAACAAA